AUUACCAGCCAAGAGUCUGCGUCGGAACAUGGGAAACACAACUUCUGGGGAGGAGGGUCGACACCGCCUGGGAUAUCAUGUCCUCAGGGUCAAAGAGGGCUCCCCCGCAUUCAAGGCAGGCAUCCGCCCUUUUUUUGACUACAUUGUGGCAAUUAAUGGUGUGCGUCUAAACACCGAAAGUACCUAUCUUCAAGAACAGAUGCAAGCGAACGAAGGCAGACCUGUCAUGCUAGAUGUUUAUUCGACUCGAGAGCAAGCUGGUAGAAGAGUUGAGAUGAUCCCUACAAGGAACUGGGGGGAUGGAAAAGGUGGAUUGAUCGGAUGUAGCAUUCGAUUUUGCAUGUUUGAUGCAGCGAAUGAUGUCGUCUGGCAUAUUCUGGAUGUUGCUCAUGGGUCACCAGCUGAAAAGGCAGGACUGUGCGCGCAUACGGACUAUGUUAUUGGCACACCUUAUGGCAUUAUGCGAGGCGAAGGGGAUCUAUAUGAUCUCAUCGAGGACAAUAUAGGCGAGCCACUUCGCUUGCAUGUAUAUAAUUCCGAAACAGACCAUGUCAGAGAGAUUGUCAUCAUACCAAAUGAAGAAUGGGGCGGAGAAGGAUUGCUGGGAUGUGAUGUUGGCUACGGAUAUCUACACCGUCUCCCAAGGCAAGGAUCUAUUAUACAUCAUGGAGCAGGUGGAUCCCCCAGAAGAACUCCAUCGUUGCCUUAUCCUCCAUCGCAGGAGAUGGUUCUUGAUAACUCGUACAGAAACACAAUGCCUGCAUCCUUUCAAUCAGGUGAACAAUCAUUGGACAUUGUGGCUCCUACACCUCGGCCUCCUCACUCACCUCCAUGGCUAAACCCAGGUGCGGUACUAGAAGGUUCGCUUCAAAGUACGGUCGCUAAAGCCGCUACAGGAGAGGAACAUGAGCAAGCUGGAGAACAGGGCUUGCCUCCGCUCCGAUUUGGUCGGGGGGAGCGACCAGACGCUGAGGACGAGCCUGAAUCAGAGGAUGAAUUCGUUCCCAGGAAUGGUCGAUCUGCUGUGCAUCAGGGGAAAGGCAUAACUACAAGGCAAUCCGCUUCACCCACAGACUUGAAGCAGCUACAAGCACCUUGCAUUCAUGGAAACGAUCACAUUCCUAAUGCGAUAAGCACAAGAGUAACAGCAGAGAAAUACUCCAGCAUGUCCACUCCGCAUACUAGUCUAGCGUCAACGGACCCUGCUGAAAACCUGCAACAACAACAAUACUGCCAACCACAAGCGUCGGUUAUUGGAAAUCAACCGCACUCUCCCUCAAUAACGAAGGUAGAAGACGUCAAUUCAGGUGAUAUUCCAUUCGGUACAGGAGACACCGAGGACUUUUCUAGCCAGUUGGGUGUAUUUCAGCACCAGCAAUUUCGCCAUUAAUGAGUUGUUCACUUAAGCAAAUAAUAAAAAACCG